AUGGGGUCGCCGCGCAGCUCCGCGAAGAGCUGGCUGCGGUCGCAGUUGCGGGGCGGCACGCAGCUGACGCCCAGGGCCACGCGCUCGUCGCUCGACAGCUCCGUGGAUUUCCGGCCCUCCGACGCCAGCGGGGCGUCCUUCGCCCAGCCCGACGAAGCGGAGUCGCCGAGCCUGCCCCGGGCGUCGCGGGGGAGCGGGGGGCCCAUCGCCUCCCUCCCCCACAACUUCAACGUAGCUGCGCGCGUGCGCGAGGGCGACCUCGUGCGGUUCCUCGACGCAGACGGCAACUCGCUCCGCGUGACGACGCGCGUGGGGCAGCGGCGCGAGUGGGUGCUUGAGCCGGUGCGGGCGCAGGAGCCGGGGGGGCGGGACGCGGACUCCUCGACGGUGCCCGCGAGCUGCCUGUUCGCGGUGGAGAGCUCCGCGCCCGGGGUCCUCGUGUUCCGCGCCUGCGUCGGGAACGGCAGCGUCCUGCAGGACCACGGCGACGACCGCCUGGGGCUGUCGCGCACGCGUGCGGGGGCGGUGCGCCACCCGCCGCCGGCCCCGGAGGACUGCUGGGCGCCGUGCCCCGCGCGCGGCCUCAUCUCCCUGGCCACCUCCCGCCCGCUCGACCUCCACAUCCAGGAGGUGCGCGCGCUGCCCGUGGCCAGGAAGGAGCGCCACGUGGUCGUCGAGCGGCGCGUGACGGACUCGUCGGACGUCCUGCGCGGGGAGGCACGCAGGCUGCGCGCGGAGCUCGACGGGCUGCGCGGCGCGCCCGCGGUCGCGUCGCCGGGGCCCCUCGACGACCCGCGCAAGACGUUCCAGCGCCUCAGCGUCGAGUUCGGCGCCAUUCAGCGGCCCGCGGAGCAACAGACAAAAAGCAGCAACCCGCAGCGCGCGGCCGGACCCGUCGACAAGGGCGAGGCCGGCGCGGCGCCGGUGGCGGGCGGCAAGGCGUCGGCGCGCGGGCACCUGCCGCCGUGGAGCGACUACGCGUGGGACGCCUUCCUGCGUGGCGGGGAGGAGGAGGUGCCGGAGCCCCUGCCGGUGCACAGCACGAACGUCUCGCCGCUGCGGCCCGCGGAGAAGGCUGCGCGCAGCCAGCACGCGUCGGCCGAGCGCCACGUGGCGCACGUGCAGGACGAGACGCACGAGAGGCAGGGGGGGGAGUACGUGGCGCCGAUGCCGGGGCUGGGCCGCAGCCUCUCCGACGUGCUGGACGCGCUGAUGCUGUCGCCGCCGACGUCGGACCGUGGGGACUCCGGCGAGGGGGGGCGCGGCGGCGUGGACCGCGCGCAGACCAAGCAGCUGGCGACGCGCAUCGCGGCCGAGGCGGUGACGGCGGAAAUCGUGCGGUCGGUCGCCGACGAGGACCCGUACGAGUGCCUGCCGGAGGUGGGCGACUCGAGCCUGGACGCGCACGAAGACACCCGCGGGGAGCUCGCGCAGAUCGAGGGCAGCGUCACGUGGACGGACGCCAAGCACCCGACAGAAGGCGAAGCCCCCCCCGCGCCGCGCCCGCGGUUCGACCCCCUCAUGCGUGCGCGCGCGGGCAGGCAGCGACGCCUCCGACCGGCGCCGCGCCCCAGGUCGGAGAACAAGGAGAACGCCUGUCCCGCGCCGCUCCCGACGUCGUCGCCCCCGCGGCCCGCCGUCGACCCCGCGUCGCACCUGUCGCCCACGCGGGCCGUCGCGAGCAUGGCGGGGCGCUCCCACGACGAGGCCCGCACCGCAGCGGACCUCCUCGCGGACCCGAUCCUGGCGCUGCGGUCGUCUGCGGACCAGCCUGGAGUGCGCGAGAGCCCGUUCAAGAAAAAGACCCCGAGGACGCGGCAGAGCGGGCCGCCGGCGGCGAGCAGCCCCCCGGAGGAGAUGCCGCUGCCUCUCGCGGCGCUGCCGGCGGCGGGGGCGCUGCGCAUGUCCGCGGCGGGGCGCCGCGACAUCGCCGGUGCGCUGGAGAGCGUGUGCGAGACGGCCGCGGCGGGGGCGGGGGCGACGCAGGCGGCGGCGGCUCAGACGGUAGCGGAGGCAGCGAGGAAGAAGAAGAGUUUGUUUUUGGAGAGGGAGCCGCUGCAGAACAUGCUGGCGCACGACCUGUUCACUGCUCACAUCAACCGGCAGCCGUGA